AUCAAGUUCAGAAGCUUCAGCCCGAGCCCAUUCAUCAACAGCGAAAGAAUAAACGACGUCGCCCUGUAAUGAUCAAUGAAAAAUUCGACUGGUCAGGACCGUGGCCAUCUCUGCUCGUGAAACCACAGAUCGAUCUCAACUCCUGCCUUCCUCCUCCUUCUCCAUCUACUUCCCAGACGAUGAUGGAUUCUCGCGUUCUUGUUGCCCUGCUUCUCGUCUCUUCCUUUCUCUGCACAUCUGCCAAGGCGGAAAGCAGCGGGACGGUUCUCUUCAUCGAUGGACAGCAACACCAUUACCUUCGUUCUCCAUCCACCAAUGGUGGCGUCCAGUCCCAGUCAAUGUCGAUUCCGGAAGUUGCAGAUGCAGUGUCUGUUCUGCUUGGUUUUGCGCCAUCCGCUACACUUUCAGCAGCUGGUUCAGCGAAGUUGAAUGGAGUUCUCAGUCCCAAUCCAUUUGAUAGGCCUCGUGCUGUCUUCAUGUUGGAAGUUACUGGAAGCAAAGCUCUUUCUCAUGCAGGUAUCUCAGCUAUGGAUAAGUACAGCCAUGCUUUGCGGCGAAAUACCGUUCUGGGUUCAGAACAAGCUCAAAUUGAACUUCCAGGUGGAGAAGUCUCUGUGGUUCAUUUGGAUGAAGGACUAGCAGAUUUCACGGAGAAGGAAAUAAAUGAUCUUGCAUCUUUCUUGGGUGGAUCAUAUGUUGCUGACACUUCACAAGCAAUGAAUGGAGACAUUAUGGGUAUAACUUUGGCUAGUGGAACCAUGAAUCUUCACAUGUCAAAGGAAGCAGACAGGAAAUAUGUCGGAAGUCUAUUGGCUCUGAUGCGAAAUAGCAAAAGGGCAAAAUUGAUGCAUGAAGAUCUAUCACAAGGAACCCGGAUGCCUGCAGAGCUAAUAAUUGGAAGCUUUGAUGGCAUUAAGGCUUUGCGAGAGCAAUAUGGUACAGAAAGCAUAGUACAGCAAGGGGAGGAGCUAUUACUUAGCAUGCUGUCUAUGGUUCUUGAUUCCUUGCAAGUAGCAUACAAAGGUCUGUUGUACUGUAAACUUGUUGCGGUUGUUUCCUUCGAGCCAGAAUCGGAAACAAAGUUGGAUGUGGUGCUGACCGAUUAUCCAUCUGCUCGUUUGUUGGUUGAAACCAAUGUAUCACCUGUUUUCAAUACCACCAUUUUGGAAGUGGCCCUGGUCAGAACGACCCUGGCUUGGUUGACAGGAAUCAUUCUUCUCGUUUCUACUCUUAUCGGGGUCUGCAUGCUUUUCAACAUGCCACUGACGAAGGACACCCUUCUAUACUCCAACGUCAAGCUCGACUAAGUUGGAACGACCAGACGCGUGGUCUGUGCAGGACGUAAUAGGGGGCCAGUCUAUUGCGGAGCAGGUUCACGAGUAGAUUGUUUAGUUAUCAGUGGUUAUCUACGGUUUCUGUUAAACCCAUACCAACCAUACCUUGAUUGUUGAUCAUAUUGAAUGUAAUCAUCGAAGCUGAAAGCUGCUGCUAUGUUGGGGAGUAGGUUCCUGCACAUGCUGGCCGAUUUGGAGUUCUCUGUAUUCUGUAAUCCUAAACAAGAAUAGACAUGAGCUGAAAGUUGUAUUCAGGAUUGUUGUGCGCUGUUGAAUAAGUCGAUAUCUUGUUUAAGCUCAAGUCCAUUUAAUGUGUUUGUCAUAUUUGUGAUUUUGUAGCAAUACUGAGAACUGGGAAGUUUUUUUUUUACUGUGUAAUAAUAUUCUUCUACAGUUUUGGAUGACGAGUUUGUAGUGUAUUAUCCUCUAUUGGUAAUCGUUUUAAUCGCUAGCAUUUGUUCA